AUGUCAACAAGAAAAUUAAGUUUAUUUAAUAGAUGGAAAAAUCAAGCAUUGGCUGACACGGCUUUAGAUGGAAUUAGUGAAGAAGAAAUGAUUGAAUAUAAAGAAGCUUUUCGAUUAUUUGAUAAGGACGGGAACGGAUCAAUUUCCUCAAAAGAAUUGGGUGUAGCAAUGCGCUCUUUAGGUCAAAAUCCAACAGAACAAGAAUUAUUAGAUAUGGUAAAUGAAGUUGAUAUUGAUGGAAGUGGAAAUAUAGAUUUUGCUGAAUUUUGUCAAAUGAUGAAAAGAAUGAAUAAAGAAAAUGAUAGUGAAAUGAUUCGAGAAGCCUUUAGAGUUUUUGAUAGAGACGGGAAUGGAUAUAUUACAGCAGAUGAAUUUAGAUAUUUUAUGACGACUAUGGGGGAACAAUUUAGUGAAAAUGAAGUUGAUGAAAUUAUUGAGGAAGUUGAUAUUGAUGGGGAUGGACAGAUAAAUUAUGAAGAAUUCGUUAGAAUGAUGACUUCUUAA